CGCGACGGCCACAAAUCGAGGCCACCAAAAAGAUGCACUACGCCCCUCUUUACUCACUCCCACUCCGACAUUGCACAAAGCCGGCACAUGGUCAUCGUCGUGCAAAUCGCCACCAUCAUCAUCAUCAUCAUCAUCAUGAACAGGCCCUGCCUGCACAAUGCGAUGAUGGAAAACCCAAACAACCAUCUGCAGCCAUCCCCGCCUCGCUACACAGUCGCGCAUAUUGUCGAUGCGCAUACAAAUUCGACCGUUGAGUGUGUUGCGUUCCAGCCGUUAGAUAAUCGGACACGCGAGCCCCUUAGUCCCCGCUACUGCCUUGGGCAUCUCUGUCGAACGCACUGCUGCUCUCCGCGGCUCAAUUUGCUCCGUUAGCUAAUAUUUGUGGGUCUGCCUGCUUGUUUUUUUUUUUUGGGUGUUGUUGUGUGAAGAUUUUGGAAGACCGAUCGGAGGAGGUGGAAAUUUUGGGUACACAACAACAACAGCAACAAUGCGGUACGAGAUGAUGGACGUGCUCUCCAUCGGCUGCUUUAGUUGUCUCAGUUCGAUUGAGCAGACAAGAUCAGAGACAGAGUGUCUCAUUGGAGCGACUUCAGCUUAGUAAACGGUUAGUGGACGUUACUGUUCGGAUUUUUAGUAUUUGUGCAGCGAAUCAUUGAAGGAAGUAAAUUCCAACAUGGUCCUUUGUCGGCUAAACCACACUGUGUGUGCAGUGAUCUUCAUCUUGUCGGUCGUAAAUCAGCUCCAAUGUCGGCCCCUGCCCGAUCAUCCCGCAGACGGUGAUGCGGAGGCCAAAAUCCAAGCUGACCGUGAGCUGCUCAAUACAGUGACCUACGUCGGCAACAACAAGGUGUACGGACUACUCUCCAAUGAGCAACCGCCGAUGCGUGAAGCAAAGCUCGAGAAGGAGGACUUUGACUCAACCUUCCUCACCAAGCUGGACAACGUGCAGAAGAAGUUCGUCACCAAGGGCAAUGUCCCAGCGCUGGUGGAUCAAACGCAUCCCAAGGAUUAUUACGGCAAUGACGUCAAAGAUGAAGCCAUUCGCCGCGGUUUCGUCGGAAUAGUCGAGCAGUUGUCCAACGUUUUCAACGCGAUUGUUGAGAAAGUCCCCAAGGGAGCAGUCACAAACCUGAACAAAAGUGUGCUGAACCGUCUCAACCAGAUCGGUGCCGUGCUGGUCGGACUUGAGGAUGCGAAAAAGAAGUAGAGUCGUGGUACGCACACCACGUGUAUGGUU